AUGCAGAAAGACGGCCAGGAUGCCCUCAGCCCCUCGGUGCUGCUGGGAUAUCCUGAGAGCGAAGAGGAGCAAGAGGAAAGAGACAGAGAGUUACAGGAGGUGCAGAGGAUCUGGUCCAGUUCAGUCCCGCUCACAGAUGUCACUGAUGAGGAGGCUCUGCUGAUUAAAACUAUGUUUCAGAUAUCAAAAAUUAGCAAUGCAACCUUAAAAAAGUUUGGAGUGCGAAUUUUCAAGCCGACCAAAAGCCUAGUGUUCCCCUGGUUUGGAGGACCCGACUGCUCUUUGAAAGGUGUGAAGCUGAUAUCUGCCCAAAUCGCUGACAACGACAAAGUAUCCUACAACGAAGCGACAGUUCCCAGGAUAAGUGCCUAUUAUAACUUAUUUGGCCUUUCUCUGGUGGGACGUAUGGACACAGAGGUGGUUUUGACUGGAAGUGAACUUGAUACGUUAGCUGUGAGCCAGGCUACAGGACUGCCUUGCGUCAGUUUACCACGCGGUGUCAGCUGCCUGCCGCCGAUCCUACUCCCGUAUUUGGAGCAAUUCAAAAAAGUCACAUUUUGGUUGGGAGCCGAUAUACGCUCCUGGGAAUCGUCAAAAAUAUUUUCAAGGAAACUAGGCCUAAAGCGAUGCUCGUUGGUGAGACCGGGAGAGUUCAGACCUUGUCCUGUGGAAGCUCUGGCGGAGGGGAAGAACCUAUCCCGAAUCAUAAACACCUCCAUCCCCGCGGCACACAAGUCUAUCGUUUCGUUCAAGCAGCUGAGAGAGGAUGUGUACGGGGAACUACUGAACAAAGAGCAAGUGGCAGGCGUCAAGUGGACAAGGUUCCUAGAGCUCAACAGGAUCCUCAAGGGACAUCGCAAAGGAGAGCUGACAGUCUUUACAGGUCCGACUGGGAGCGGAAAGACCACGUUCAUAAGCGAGCUGGCCUUGGACCUCUGCAUGCAGGGAGUCAACACUUUGUGGGGAAGCUUUGAGAUCAACAACGUGCGUUUGGCCAAAAUCAUGCUCACGCAGUUCGCCAUGCAGAGACUGGAGGACAAUCUGGAGCAGUACGACUACUGGGCCGAUAAGUUCGAGGAGCUGGCUCUGUAUUUCAUGACUUUUCAUGGUCAGCAAAACAUCAAGACUGUUCUGGACACAAUGCAGCACGCGGUGUAUCUCUACGACAUCAACCAUGUUAUUAUUGACAAUCUGCAGUUCAUGAUGGGGCAGGAAAACCUCACAGUGGACAAGUUUGCGGUACAGGACCACAUCAUCGCAGCCUUCAGGAAGUUUGCCACCAACAGCAGCUGCCACGUCACGCUGAUCAUUCACCCCAGGAAAGAGGAGGACGAUCGAGAGCUUCAAACGGCCUCCAUCUUUGGUUCUGCGAAGGCGUCUCAAGAAGCCGACAACGUGCUGAUUUUGCAGGAGAAGAAGCUGGUGACCUGCCCCGGCCGCCGAUCUCUCCAGGUCACCAAGAACCGCUUCGAUGGAGACGUUGGCAUCUUCCCCCUGGACUUCAUCAAAUCCUCUCUCACUUUCACUGCCCCCGUUAAAGGUAAGCACAAGUUCAAAAAGCCGACAAAGACUGAAUCUGAAGAUCCCCCGGGACCUGACGCUGCAGCAAAGAAGGACGAGGUCAAAAAGGAAAAAGUGUCAAAAACAACAAAGACUAAGGCAGCGUCAGCAAGUGAUACCAACCAGAAAUGA